CUCUCGGGUGUAUCCGCGCUAAGCUUUCUACCACCGGCGCGAACACGACGCGAAACCUUGCCAGUUCAGACCCAGCUUGUUCGGCGGCCUCACCACGAAGAACCGCCUAUACACAUAUUCACCAACCCCCUAGAAACAGGCUGUGACCCCACGCGCCGUCCUCCUCCGCGCUCACAACGCAAAUGGCUACGUCCAACCACCCCACCUAUCCCUCCCGCUACACCACCGGGCUCGGACGCGCCGGCGCAUCCUCCUCCGCCCCGCAAAACUUCAACACGCCCGCAUACGGCGCCACGGGGAAGACAGCGCAGCGCAUUGAGGCCGACCGACUAGAAGCGCAGCGGCGUGAGCGCGAGGAGCGGGAGCGGAUAAUGCAGGCCGGACAGAACCAACUGGGGGAGUUGAGCGAGGAGCAACGAGAAGAGAUCGUAGAAGCCUUCAAUCUCUUCGACCUCGACCAAGACAAGCACAUCGACUACCACGAGCUCAAAGUCGCCAUGAAAGCGCUGGGCUUCGACCUGCCCAAGGCCGAAAUCCACAGCAUUCUGCAGGCCCACGGCGUCCCCUCGAACCCGCAGCCCGCCUCAAAGCCUAAAAACCCCGCCGGCCAGCAACCAUACCAGCCGCCCCCGCGCCUCCUCCUCCCCCUCGCCUCCUUCCAGACCCUCAUGGCCGCCCGCAUCCACGCCCGCGACCCCAAGGAAGAGAUUUUGAGAGCAUUUGAUCUGUUCGACGAGGGCGGCAAGGGCAGCAUCACGGUGCAGGAUCUGAAGCGCGUGGCGCGCGAGCUGGGCGAGGGCUUGCAGGAUGAGGAGCUUGAGGCGAUGAUUGAGGAGUUUGAUAUGGAUGGCGAUGGGGCGAUCAGUCGGGAUGAGUUUGUGGGGAUUUGUUUGGGGUGAUUACUGUAGGGAGUGUCGGUUGAGUGUGGGAGUUUUGUAUGAUGGUGUUUGGGUAAAGCUUGGUGUGAUUGGCGUUUUGGAUGGAAUUCCUCUUUUGGGUGGAGGUAUUGGCUCAGUGUCUUGGUUUAGGGAUGGUCUGAAUUCGAGUUGGGUAUGAAACGUGGCAGAAGAGAAGAACGCGGAGUUGUUGGAGUCGAAUGAGGACGAAGCGUGUCAACCUGGUGCCGCGGAGGGGUAUCACGGGGAGGGCCCGCAAGAUCGCCACGUCGUGAGCAUUCCGGUUGCUUCUGGAGCAAUUUGGAGGGUAAUUGAUAAAUCGGUCAAGAUUCACGUUGCAGCAAGCAGAGAACGCCAUUCUGAAGUCAAAGUCUUCCCACUAAGAUAGAUAUGCACAAUUGCGGGGCCAGACCCAGACCGACAAACAAAACGAGAUGCAAUAUACAAUAUGCUC